UUUAAUAUUUUGUUUCUAAUUUUACUGCCAGAAAGAUCAGAGGGAUCCUUGUUAACUAAUUCGGAAUGUUCAAAAGAACAAAGAGAAAAGUCCUGGGGUUCUCUCAUAAAAUCGUCUAGUUUUUAGAUUUAUCGAUCGAAGGACAUGUUCCUUGCCGAUGCUGGUGGUUUCACUAGCCAAUUUUGUAAAAACGGCUAUAUUAAUUUACAACAUAAUUCAUGGUUCCGUUUAAUAAUAUCUUCUUUUCCAUUAAGAUAUUUAUCAUCAUCAAAGAAUACAGAAACGUUACUCAGCAACGAAAAAAUGAAUGUCAAGGACUGCAAAAAUUAUGACGAAAAAUUUGAAAAGAAAACGAAAAUGCAAACGUUUCGUAUAUACCGAUGGAAUCCAGAAAAGCCAAAAGUAAAGCCCUUUAUGCAACAAUACAAUGUUGAUUUAAAUAAAUCUGGUACUAUGGUCUUGGACGCUUUACACGUAAUUAAAGGAGAACUCGAUCCUACUCUAUCAUUCCGAAGAUCAUGCCGCGAAGGAAUUUGUGGAAGUUGUUCGAUGAAUAUCAAUGGUGUUAAUAAUCUAGCUUGUGUCACAAAAAUAGAACAUUCACCGAAGCCGAUAAUUAUUUAUCCUUUACCACAUGCCUAUGUAAUCCGAGAUUUAAUUGUGGAUAUGACACAAUUUCUUAAACAAGUUGUUUCAGUUGAUCCAUUCUUAAAACGUCCCGGAGAAGAUAGCUUUCUUGGUUUAAGACAAAUUUUACAAAGUCCAAGGGAUAGAGAUAAACUCAAUGGAUUAUACGAGUGUAUCCUUUGUGGAUGCUGUUCUUAUUCGUGUCCUCCAUACUGGUGGUUAGGUGAUAAAUUUUUAGGUCCGGCUGCUCUUCUUCAGGCAUACAGAUGGUUGAUAGAUUCAAGAGAUAUGGCGUAUAAGGACCGUCUUAAUAAGCUACAAGAUUUUUAUUCGGUUUAUCGAUGUCACACCAUAUUUAAUUGUACUAAAACAUGCCCUAAAGCUUUAAACCCUGGAAGAGCAAUAGCUCAAAUAAAACGGCAUCUUGCUGGACUUACGAAAAAAGAGGAUCCAGAUUUAGAAACACCAAUGCCAAAUCCUUGUCCUGGUAAAGAUGACAUUUAUACUUGUAAAGAAGAAUGAUAAACAAUGCAAUAUCGAUGUCAUUCAAAUAGUGCACGUAACAUUUUAAGUGGAAAAUGGCACAUAAAUUAUAAAUAUACUUAAAGCGUAUUUUUGCAUGUUGAAUUAUGUUAUGUGUUAUACGAAAUAUCAACCAUACUCAAAAUAAAAAGAAACAUGUCGCAACAAAACAAAUUUAUUGCCAUAAAUGCUCGUAUACUAUAAUGUGAAAUUUUGUUUAAAUUGUUUAUAAUGAAAUAAUACAAGAUAUUUUACUUCUAUGUCAUGAUGAACAAAAAUCUUUAUAAAGUUAGAUUAUAUUUUUGAAUUAAUUAAAAAUAUAUGCGCAAAUCAAAUAACAAAAUGUCAGAAAACCUUCUUUUCUAAUGUCGGAAUCGUAACAUGUACUUCAAUUGACAUGAUAUUAUGUUAAAAUAAAACACAUGAAUUA